AUAUUCAUUCUCGUCGUGAGAAGGGCUUCAAUGAUUGAACUGAAACUGUCCAGCGAACACAGGCGUGGACUCAUUGAAGAAGUUUUUCUUGUACGUUGUGAUUUAACAGUCGCGUAUUCAAAUUAUUUUUAUUAGCCACUGCCAUUUUAAUCGUUUUUAUUUUACAAAACAAGACGUAUAAGAAGGUAGAAGAUUAGCGUAGCUGGCUGACAUUAGCUAGCUAACUUGCUAGUUACAUGUCAUGAACAGAAUGAAUAAAGGCAAAGUUCUAAACCUCAGAGACAAGAUCAGUGACAAUGAGAUGGACCUUAGUCUGUGCAACUUGACGGAGGUGCCCGUCAAAGAACUGGCUGCCUUCCCUAAAGCCACAGUGCUGGACCUCUCCUGUAAUAAUCUCACAACCCUUCCCCCUGAGUUUGGCAGCCUGAGUCACCUAGUGAAGUUGGACCUCAGUAAAAACCAACUGGUGAGCCUACCGGUAGAAUUGGGCCGCCUGGUCAGCCUGCAGCACUUGGACCUCUACAACAAUAAGCUCACCUCGCUGCCUACCAGCAUCUCCCAGCUCAGGAAUCUGAAAUGGCUGGAUCUGAAGGAUAACCCCCUGGAACCAACUCUGGCCAAGGUGGCGGGAGACUGUCUGGAUGAGAAACAGUGCAAGCAGUGUGCAUUCAGGGUUCUCCAGCACAUGAAGGUCCUACAGGUAGAAGUGGACAAAGAGCGAGAGCGCCGUCUUCUUAAAGAAAGAGAACUAGAAAAGAAAAAAGAAGCACAGCAGAGAGCAAAGGAGGCACGAGAAAGAGAAGCACGUAAACGAGAGAAAGCGGAAGAGAAGGAGAGAAAGAGAAGAGAGUAUGAUGCCCAGAGAGCUGCCCGUGCUGCUCAGGAACGGAAAGAGAAAGAGGAGAAGUCAGCUGAACCUCAGCAGGCUCACGCAGUGGUGGAGAAGGCAGCCCCCAAGACCAAGCGCUCACUCCUGGCUGUGACGCUCAAGCUGCUGCUGCUGUUGCUGGUGGGUGCGGCUGGCGCUGUGGCAGUCUGUCAGCUGACUGACCUGCGUAGGGAAGAGGCCUGCACCCCCGUCAAUGCGCUGUUUGAGGAGGCACUGUCUUGGGCACAGGGGCAAGAGGUGGUAAGGAUGAUCCUGCAGAAACUCUCUGAGCAGCAGCCGUGAGAUGCCAUUCCUGAGAUCCAACCCUCCACGUCUCCCAGGGCCUUGGCUUGCAGUGGAAGCUAAAGGGUGGCCAUGCACCUAAAAUUCCUAUGGAAUUGAUUCCCCUCCCUUUUUCUGUUUUGUUUUUAAUUAAAAGCUUCAAAAAAUGACCAGCAAAUUUCCAGGCAGUUUGUCAAGUAAUCCCGCCGUGGUAUUGUCUUAAACUUGUUGAACUGCUGAGUGAAACAGGUUACGCUUAUUUCUGCACUGCACAAUUUGUUCUAAGGGUUAUGUUGUCAUUGCCUUGUAGUCUUAUGCGUAACCUUUGAUGUAAUAUUUUGAUGUAAAUUUUAUGUGAGCGAUGUACCACAUACAGUAUGUAUGUGGAAAUGCAGUAGAACUUCAGAUAAAUGUGCUUUGUUUCGAACAUUUCAACAUCUUAUGCAUGUUUGCAGUUAAGUGCAUUAACAUCCUCUUCAGUGACAAUGGAUAACCUGAUUCCUGAAAUUAAGUGCCACCAAACUUCUGUCUGUGAAACUCAAGCAAAAGGCAACAUGAAUGUAUGUCUGUGUCUUCCACUACUGCAGAGACUACUGCAUUCCUGAACACUGCCUGAGGCUGUUGUGUUCAGUGUGCCGAGAUAUUAUUCUGUCCAGAACACACUUGCAACAUAAGCUGAGGGCACACAAAAAUGGUAGUUUUGUCUUCCUGGCAUGCUUUUUGGAAUGAGGACUGAGGAGCUUGAGCUACGCAUCUCAUUUAGCGUGGAGCUCUGCCUCCAGUAACCGCAAGUAUGGGAUCUAGAAAGUAGGCUGGUCUUGAGUCGAGUUCCUCUCUGCUGUUAAGUUGUGCCCCUGAAGUCAACUGGAAGAAAUAGCUGGUAUGUGUCAGGAUGCUUCUUGUGAUACAUAGUCUCUCUGAGGAUAAUUGGCAUUAAUAAAUAUCUCAGCUAAA